AGCGGAAGCCGGGCAAUGCCCCCUACCUUCCGGAUCGCGGUGCUGGGUGCUCAGGGGGUGGGCAAGACGGCCAUUGUUCAGCGCUUUCUGCGUGAUGACUACAGUGAGGUGGCAGUGUCCAGUAAGGCACGGAGGGUGCAUCUUUCUGCCGCAGUACUUAAUGGACAUGUGCAUGACCUUCAGAUCACAGAUUAUCCAGCCGUCAGCAGCUUUCCUGGCAGCACUCUGCAGGAAUGGUCAGAUGUUUGCUGUCGAGGCAUUCGAAGCGCUCAUGUCUACAUCCUGGUCUACGACAUUUGCUGUUUCGACAGCUUUGAGUAUGUCAAGACCAUGCGGCAGCAGAUCAUAGAGGCCAGGGUCAUGGGCUCUGGGGAGACGCCCAUUCUGAUUGUCGGCAAUAAGCGUGAUCUGCAGCGAGGUCGCGUCAUUCCCCGCCACAGUGUAUCUGACUUAGUCCGAAAAAGCUGGAAGUGUGGAUAUGUUGAGUGCUCUGCCAAGUUCAACUGGCAUGUUUUACUGUUGUUCGGAGAGGCUCUACACAUUGUGGGUUGUGCCCGCUGCAAGCACGUCCAUGCCACCAUCCGUUUCCAAAGGGCACUCAGGAGAGAGCGUUGUGCCCUAAUGUGAGCUUCCGAUCUCCCUUUUGUAAUGCCCAUUCGAAAACAGAUGUUUUGGGCUAUGGAUGCUCCAUGAG